AUGGCUAACGGUACAAAGAAACUUGAUGAACACAACCUAAUGGUGCUCCGAGAACAACUAUCAUUGCCAGCAAAUAAAUAUUGCUUUGAUUGUCACCAAAGAGGACCAACAUAUGUGAAUGUAACCAUAGGUUCAUUUGUCUGUACAUCAUGUUCUGGACUAUUACGAGGUCUUACUCCACCACACAGAGUAAAAAGCGUAUCAAUGGCAACAUUUAGCACAGAGGAAAUUGACUUCAUAAAAUCCAGAGGAAACGAAAGCUGUCAAAGGGUUUGGUUAGGAAUGUAUGACACAAAACAACCUACAAAAGAUGAAAAACAAAUAAAAGAAUUUAUGGUUGCAAAAUAUGAAAAAAAAAUGUAUUAUUCUGAUCAAGUUUCACAAAAACUAAAUAAUGGUAUUCAAGCAACGCCUGCUGUUACCACUUUAACAACAAAUCAUCAAAACCCUAGUACUACUACUACACCUGCAAUAAAUAUAUCAUCCCCAAACAAAUUUGAGUUUUUAAAAGAAGAACCCUCAAACCAAAAUCAAUCUCCAACUCAAACAUCUCAGUCUUUUGCAAAUUUUGAAAAUAAUCCAGUGUUUUCUACAUCUUUUGAUACUUCCAAAAAUAUUGGUGUAGCAAUUGAAAGUACAAGUCCAAGUACAAGUUGGAAAGCAAAUGGUUCUCAAGCACCUACUGAAGACCGUUAUGCUGCAUUGAAAGAUCUCGAUUGCUUAAUGAAAUCUCAAGUUCAACAAGAUACUCCUCCCCAACUAAAUAAUAGUAACAGUUCUGCAUGGAGUUCUGAUGCAUCUUUGAAUGGAACAUGGAGCAGUCAAGUCUCUGAAAAUACACCUCAGAAUCCAUUCAAAAAUAGUGUUGAAGAUGAUUGGGCAUCAACAAAUCAUGUAGUUAACCCAUUUGCAAAUAAUAUACCAGAUAAUUGGCAGAAUAAUAUUCAAUGGCCAAAUGGUUUAACUUCCAGCCAAUCGAUGGGCUUUAAUGAUGUAACACCUUGGAGUGCAGAUUUCUCAAAUCCAUUUAAAGUUGGAUCAGCCUCUCCGUUAAAUAAACAUUCAAGCAAUCCAUUUUUAUAA